AAGAAUCCUCUAGGGGGCGCUGAGUUUCGGGCCAUGUAGUCAAAUACUGUUGUGUAAAGUGUCGAUUGCCGAGUCAUGGAUAGCUGUUGUUUAACAUGCACGCAACAAGGACAACAGCCGUAGCAGUAUGUGUACACAGUUGAUGGUAGCGAUGACAGACACCUAGCAAUGUAUCACUUACACUCUCAUCAGUCCGUCACGUUAUAAACUGGCGUUUGUGUUAAAUCUGUGUAUAGCCGACUAAGCUAGCUAAACAGCUUAUAGUUUUUAGUGGACUUCCUAGCUUCCCUGGAGUAACCUCUGUAACUGACAAGUGGAGUGUCUGUAUCGUUGAGGUACUUGUUAAGCCGACAGCAAGCGCCUGGCAAAUAAGCUGCAGCCAUGGUGUUUAUGCAGAGCUACUGCGAAGCCAAUUCCUCCAUCUCCCACACCUGGGUGGAUGAAGGAAUCUCCCCCUGCUUCUACUUCACACUGGUCCCCGCCAUCCUGCUUACCAUAUCCUUCUUCCUCGGCACCAUCCACUGCAUAUGCUACCAGAAAUAUGGCACAGCAAUGGAGCCCAAGUUCAUCCCACGCUCCCACCUCUACAGUUUCCAGCAGGCCAUCUCCGUCCUUCUCCUGAUCCAGUUUCUGAGUGGGCUGGUGUGGCGGGCUGCCAGCGGAGGAGAGCUCCCAGGCUAUGUGGUGUUGUAUGGCUGCUUCUCUGCGCUGGGCUGGGCCUGGGCUAUAGCCCUGCUCAGGGUGGAGAGACGUAGGGUCCUGGUGAUGGACCGGACAAGGGGCCACAGCACGGCCCUGCUGCUGUUCUGGGCUGUGGCUUUCUCAGCUGAGAACCUGGCCUUCAUCUCCUGGUACAGUCCUCACUGGUGGUGGGGCCUGGAGAACGAUCAACAACAGGUGCAGUUUGCCCUGUGGCUGAUGCGCUACAUUGGCACCGGGCUGCUCUUCUUCAUUGGUCUCAAAGCACCAGGGUUGCCACGGAGACCAUACAUGCUGUUGAUAAACGAAGAUGAGCGGGAUGUAGAGAACAGCGGACAGAGCCUUUUGGGCAGAACAGAAGAGAACCAGUCUACCUGGCAGGGUUUCAGGAAGAAAGUCUGCCUGCUUGUUCCCUACAUGUGGCCCCGGGGCAACAUCUUCCUCCAGCUACUGGUCCUCUUCUGUUUGGGGCUGCUUGGAAUCGAGAGAGUUAUUAACGUCUUUGUACCCAUUUACUACAAGAAUAUUGUGAAUGAACUGACUGAUGGCAGCAGCUGGAGCACUCUGUCUACAACAGUGUGUAUUUAUGUGCUGCUCAAGUUCAUGCAGGGCGGCGGGGCAGGUGCCUCAGGGUUUGUCAGCAACAUGCGCUCUUUCCUGUGGAUCCGGGUGCAGCAAUACACCAACCGCGUGGUUCAAGUGCGUCUGUUUGCCCACUUACACUCCCUCUCCCUGCGCUGGCAUCUGGGCCGCAAAACCGGUGAUGUGCUGAGAAGCAUCGACCGCGGCACCUCCUCCAUUAACAGCCUGCUCAGCUACAUAGUGUUCAGCAUCUUCCCAACCAUCGCUGAUAUUGUCAUUUCUAUCAUCUACUUCAUCACUUAUUUCAAUGCCUGGUUCGGCCUUAUUGUCUUCGUCUGCAUGGCCCUGUACCUCACUGUGACCAUCAUCAUCACUGAAUGGAGAACCAAGUACAGACGAGACAUGAAUCAGCAGGACAACAAUGCCAAGUCCAAGGCUGUGGACUCCUUGUUAAACUUUGAGACGGUAAAAUACUACAAUGCAGAGAACUAUGAGGCCAGCCGCUUUGAGGAUGCCAUCUUAAAAUAUCAGAUGUCUGAGUGGAAGACCCAGGCUUCCCUGGCCUUCCUCAACCAAACACAGAACCUCAUCAUCGGAUCAGGCCUGCUGGCCGGCUCCCUGCUCUGUGCCUACUUUGUGACUGAAGGAAAAUUUAAGGUUGGAGAUUUUGUUCUCUUUGGUACCUACAUCAUCCAACUGUACACACCCCUCAACUGGUUUGGAACCUACUACAGAAUGAUCCAGAAUUCUUUCAUUGACAUGGAAAGCAUGUUCAAACUUUUUGAAGAAGAGGAAGAGGUGAAAGAUGAAGUAAAUGCUGGGAAUUUUCUCUACAAACUGGGAAAAGUGGAGUUUGAGAACGUUUACUUCAGCUACACAAAUGGGAAGGAGAUUCUCAAGGAUGUUUCCUUCACUGUACUUCCAGGACAGACAGUUGCCCUGGUGGGACCCUCGGGCUCCGGGAAGAGCACCAUCAUUCGACUUCUCUUCCGUUUCUAUGACAUUCAGGGAGGCUGCAUUAGCAUCGAUGGCCAGGAUAUAUCAAAAGUGAAGCAGCAAUCUCUGCGAGCUCAUAUCGGAGUGGUUCCCCAGGAUACUGUGCUUUUCAACGACACCAUCCGGGAUAACAUUCGCUACGGCCGCAUCUCUGCUAGUGACCAGGAGGUGGAGGAGGCUGCUGUAGCUGCUGAUAUCCAUGAUAAAAUCAUGACCUUCCCUGAAGGUUAUGAUACGCAGGUGGGUGAAAGAGGUCUGAAGCUGAGUGGAGGAGAGAAGCAAAGGGUGGCUAUUGCCAGAACGAUCCUCAAAGCACCACAGAUCAUCCUGCUGGAUGAGGCCACAUCUGCACUAGACACACAGACAGAACGCAACAUCCAGGCCUCACUGACUAAAAUCUGUGCCACUCGUACAACAGUUGUUGUAGCUCACAGGUUGUCCACCAUAAUUGGAGCAGACCAGAUUCUGGUUAUCAGUGAUGGCCGGAUUGCUGAACGAGGACGACAUGAGGAAUUGUUACUCAAGGGAGGCAGGUAUGCAGACAUGUGGAUGAAGCAACAGCAGGCCCAGGACUCAGAUUCCUCGUCAGAGACAGAAGCCAAAGACCGCAAGUCUGAGAAACUGCAGCCACCAUCAACCUCUUCAGGGCACCAUGGCCACUGAAUUUAUUUGUUUCUGUGUAUGUGUGUGUGUGUUUUUUUUCUUCUAAAAAAGAACUCUACAUUUUGAUUCCCCUCCUGAUUGUAAAAAGUUGAUAGAUGAUUUUAACAUGAUAGAACACUCAGCAAGAUGAAAAUGUUAUUUAUUUUUAGAAUUUUCAAACUGAAUGAGCGAUAGCAAGUCAUGGAGAAAAGGGAAGAACGACACUGAUGAGGUACAAAGCCCUCAAAGUAUUAGUUGUAGUGUAGUUAAUAAAAUCUCAAAUUAUUACCACAUCAUAAAAACAGAAUUUCCAACCAUAAUAAUUUAAUUACGGAACUAAAGAAUAAAAAGUAGUGCAUGUUGUCUCAUGCCUUCAUCUGGGUGACACCCUGAUUGUAUACAUUUUUAGUGCCUGAACUUGUUUUCAGGAUAUUAUUAUUUUUAGAAGCACUCCUGCCACCUUUUUUAAUAUUGUUUGUCUUUAUUUUUCAUAAAAAUCACAGAUUUCUCUUGUUAGUUUGUGCUGUCUGAUUGUCUACUAAAAACAAAAACAGGCAUUUUCUUUUCCCAGUGGGAAAGAUACAAAAGGGAGUGUUGCAAGAAAUAAGGGAAUAAAAAAACACUAAUCACAGCCUCAACACUGAUUGAAUUGAGGGGCUAAUGAUUCUGUUGCCCACUGAAUAAUAUAUGAAUGACAAUGGGUUGGUAUACAAGCUGUCAGGGAUUAUUUUCAUCUUUGUUUUAUUUUUAGGUUUUUGGUAGCUGAUUUCUGAGCUCUGCUGUUAUUUAAAGUGAUACUUUUUUAAAUGUGUAAGCCUCUGUAUACUUUUUAUCACUAAGGCAAAGUGUAAUGUGUUGCUCAUCUGAUCACUGUCCUCUAAAUUGUUGUCAAGAAUUAGUGAAUACACAAAACGUUAAGGUAAAAUUUAGCAAUCGUGUGAAUUUUUUAAUUCACAUAUAAAGUUGUACAAUCCAUGUCUGCCUGUCAUUGGCAGUUGAAGACCUUUCUCAUGGCAGACAUUUUGACUUGGUACAUGGAUGUAUUGGAGCCAAGUUAUUAGUUAGUUGCAUUACCAAGUCAAAAUAUCUCCCAUAAAUAAGAUACACCAUCAAAUAAUACCCACCAUUAUUCUCACUUAAUGUAUUAUAUAAGUGUAUACAGUCAUAUACACAAUUUCUAAAUAAGGAUUUGAUUUUUUUGUCAUAUCUACCUCACAAAUAUUUUGUUUUGUUUUGUACUUAUGAAAAAUAAAAGGCUUUUUUUCAUUUGUUCCAGUCUGUAAAAUAAAUUUUCAAUUUAAAGUUAAUCAUUAUUCCAUUACUUAGUUCUGCAUUUUGAUUAGACAAAAACAUCUGUAGACUGAACUUCAGCUUCCUGUCAUGUUUCUGAGUCUUUACAUCCAUAAUAACUGAUGCAAUACCAGAGGUGAACUUAUUGGUAUGUGUGUGUGCUGUAAUGACUUGAGGUCAGUGACAGUAAUGAUUUUGUGACUUUGAUUCACAAAAAAACAUGUUUCUACUUUUGAAGAGUUUUUGCAUGCAUCUCUGUGGAACAGUUACUUUCCAGUUGUAUUUAAUUUACGAGGCCCAAAUAAAAUUGGUAUCAAAUUAUAAA